AUGCCGAACCAUGCCGACCCUCAGCUCGCGUCUCCGACCCUCCCCGCCCACGCAACGAGGCUCUUUAUUUUCGACACGGUGCCGGUCAUUCCGAGCGUGUCGACCGAUGUGCUGGCCUGCCAGCCGCGCCAGGACGCAGCAGGGUUGUCAUCGGACCCGCCAGCAAGCGUGUGGCAGCCGAAACGAGCGCGGACAGGAGACCUCGCGUCUCCGACCCUCCCCGCCCACGCAACGAGGCUCUUUAUUUUCGACACGGUGCCGGUCAUUCCGAGCGUGUCGACCGAUGUGCUGGCCUGCCAGCCGCGCCAGGACGCAGCAGGGUUGUCAUCGGACCCGCCAGCAAGCGUGUGGCAGCCGAAACGAGCGCGGACAGGAGACCUCGCGUCUCCGACCCUCCCCGCCCACGCAACGAGGCUCUUUAUUUUCGACACGGUGCCGGUCAUUCCGAGCGUGUCGACCGAUGUGCUGGCCUGCCAGCCGCGCCAGGACGCAGCAGGGUUGUCAUCGGACCCGCCAGCAAGCGUGUGGCAGCCGAAACGAGCGCGGACAGGAGACCUCGCGUCUCCGACCCUCCCCGCCCACGCAACGAGGCUCUUUAUUUUCGACACGGUGCCGGUCAUUCCGAGCGUGUCGACCGAUGUGCUGGCCUGCCAGCCGCGCCAGGACGCAGCAGGGUUGUCAUCGGACCCGCCAGCAAGCGUGUGGCAGCCGAAACGAGCGCGGACAGGAGACCUCGCGUCUCCGACCCUCCCCGCCCACGCAACGAGGCUCUUUAUUUUCGACACGGUGCCGGUCAUUCCGAGCGUGUCGACCGAUGUGCUGGCCUGCCAGCCGCGCCAGGACGCAGCAGGGCUGUCAUCGGACCCGCCAGCAAGCCUCGCGUCUCCGACCCUCCCCGCCCACGCAACGAGGCUCUUUAUUUUCGACACGGUGCCGGUCAUUCCGAGCGUGUCGACCGAUGUGCUGGCCUGCCAGCCGCGCCAGGACGCAGCAGGGCUGUCAUCGGACCCGCCAGCAAGCCUCGCGUCUCCGACCCUCCCCGCCCACGCAACGAGGCUCUUUAUUUUCGACACGGUGCCGGUCAUUCCGAGCGUGUCGACCGAUGUGCUGGCCUGCCAGCCGCGCCAGGACGCAGCAGGGCUGUCAUCGGACCCGCCAGCAAGCGUGUGGCAGCCGAAACGAGCGCGGACAGGAGACCUCGCGUCUCCGACCCUCCCCGCCCACGCAACGAGGCUCUUUAUUUUCGACACGGUGCCGGUCAUUCCGAGCGUGUCGACCGAUGUGCUGGCCUGCCAGCCGCGCCAGGACGCAGCAGGGCUGUCAUCGGACCCGCCAGCAAGCCUCGCGUCUCCGACCCUCCCCGCCCACGCAACGAGGCUCUUUAUUUUCGACACGGUGCCGGUCAUUCCGAGCGUGUCGACCGAUGUGCUGGCCUGCCAGCCGCGCCAGGACGCAGCAGGGCUGUCAUCGGACCCGCCAGCAAGCCUCGCGUCUCCGACCCUCCCCGCCCACGCAACGAGGCUCUUUAUUUUCGACACGGUGCCGGUCAUUCCGAGCGUGUCGACCGAUGUGCUGGCCUGCCAGCCGCGCCAGGACGCAGCAGGGCUGUCAUCGGACCCGCCAGCAAGCGUGUGGCAGCCGAAACGAGCGCGGACAGGAGACCUCGCGUCUCCGACCCUCCCCGCCCACGCAACGAGGCUCUUUAUUUUCGACACGGUGCCGGUCAUUCCGAGCGUGUCGACCGAUGUGCUGGCCUGCCAGCCGCGCCAGGACGCAGCAGGGCUGUCAUCGGACCCGCCAGCAAGCCUCGCGUCUCCGACCCUCCCCGCCCACGCAACGAGGCUCUUUAUUUUCGACACGGUGCCGGUCAUUCCGAGCGUGUCGACCGAUGUGCUGGCCUGCCAGCCGCGCCAGGACGCAGCAGGGCUGUCAUCGGACCCGCCAGCAAGCGUGUGGCAGCCGAAACGAGCGCGGACAGGAGACCUCGCGUCUCCGACCCUCCCCGCCCACGCAACGAGGCUCUUUAUUUUCGACACGGUGCCGGUCAUUCCGAGCGUGUCGACCGAUGUGCUGGCCUGCCAGCCGCGCCAGGACGCAGCAGGGCUGUCAUCGGACCCGCCAGCAAGCCUCGCGUCUCCGACCCUCCCCGCCCACGCAACGAGGCUCUUUAUUUUCGACACGGUGCCGGUCAUUCCGAGCGUGUCGACCGAUGUGCUGGCCUGCCAGCCGCGCCAGGACGCAGCAGGGUUGUCAUCGGACCCGCCAGCAAGCGUGUGGCAGCCGAAACGAGCGCGGACAGGAGACCUCGCGUCUCCGACCCUCCCCGCCCACGCAACGAGGCUCUUUAUUUUCGACACGGUGCCGGUCAUUCCGAGCGUGUCGACCGAUGUGCUGGCCUGCCAGCCGCGCCAGGACGCAGCAGGGUUGUCAUCGGACCCGCCAGCAAGCCUCGCGUCUCCGACCCUCCCCGCCCACGCAACGAGGCUCUUUAUUUUCGACACGGUGCCGGUCAUUCCGAGCGUGUCGACCGAUGUGCUGGCCUGCCAGCCGCGCCAGGACGCAGCAGGGUUGUCAUCGGACCCGCCAGCAAGCGUGUGGCAGCCGAAACGAGCGCGGACAGGAGACCUCGCGUCUCCGACCCUCCCCGCCCACGCAACGAGGCUCUUUAUUUUCGACACGGUGCCGGUCAUUCCGAGCGUGUCGACCGAUGUGCUGGCCUGCCAGCCGCGCCAGGACGCAGCAGGGCUGUCAUCGGACCCGCCAGCAAGCCUCGCGUCUCCGACCCUCCCCGCCCACGCAACGAGGCUCUUUAUUUUCGACACGGUGCCGGUCAUUCCGAGCGUGUCGACCGAUGUGCUGGCCUGCCAGCCGCGCCAGGACGCAGCAGGGCUGUCAUCGGACCCGCCAGCAAGCGUGUGGUAG